GAGAGAGGCGCAGGAUGCUGCCAAGGACCAGGGCAAGGCUAAGAAAGAAGAGCCUGAGGAGGAGGCUGACAUGAAGGCGGUUGCCACCUCGCCGGAUGGCAGAUUCCUAAAGUUUGAUAUUGAACUCGGGCGGGGAUCCUUCAAAACGGUCUACAAGGGUCUGGACACGGAGACGUGGGUGGAAGUCGCGUGGUGCGAACUGCAGGACCGAAAACUCACAAAAGUAGAGAGGCAGAGAUUUAAAGAGGAAGCAGAAAUGUUGAAAGGUCUACAGCACCCAAAUAUCGUGAGGUUUUAUGACUUUUGGGAAUCCUGUGCAAAAGGCAAAAGAUGCAUCGUGCUGGUAACUGAGCUGAUGACCUCUGGAACGCUGAAGACGUAUCUGAAGAGAUUUAAAGUGAUGAAACCUAAAGUCCUGCGCAGUUGGUGUCGGCAAAUCCUGAAGGGUCUUCUUUUCUUGCACACAAGAACUCCACCAAUAAUUCACAGAGACUUGAAAUGUGAUAAUAUUUUUAUUACUGGACCAACUGGAUCUGUGAAAAUAGGAGACUUGGGUCUGGCAACACUCAAGAGAGCUUCAUUUGCCAAAAGUGUCAUAGGCACACCAGAAUUCAUGGCCCCCGAAAUGUAUGAGGAACACUACGAUGAAUCUGUUGAUGUCUACGCAUUUGGAAUGUGCAUGCUGGAAAUGGCUACCUCAGAAUACCCUUACUCAGAAUGCCAGAAUGCUGCUCAAAUCUACCGAAAAGUAACCUGUGGUAUAAAGCCAGCAAGCUUUGAGAAAGUUACUGAUCCUGAAAUUAAGGAGAUAAUUGGGGAGUGCAUCUGCAAAAACAAAGAAGAAAGAUAUGAAAUUAAAGAUUUAUUAAGCCAUGCCUUUUUUGCUGAAGAUACUGGGGUAAGAGUGGAACUUGCGGAAGAAGACCAUGGUAGGAAAUCCUCUAUUGCCUUAAGACUCUGGGUAGAAGAUCCUAAGAAACUGAAAGGAAAACCCAAAGAUAAUGGAGCCAUUGAGUUUACUUUUGAUCUGGAGAAGGAAACUCCUGAUGAUGUUGCACAAGAAAUGAUUGACUCGGGGUUUUUCCACGAGAACGAUCUCAAGAUCGUGGCCAAGUCCAUCCGUGACCGCGUGGCGCUGAUUCUCUGGCGGAGGGAGCGCAUCUGGCCCAGGAUGCAGGUGGAGGAGCGCCGCGACUCGGAGGGUGUGGACAAGCUCAAGGCCCCGCAGGCACAGCAGGUCCAGGUCACCUACCUGUCCCACACGGGCCACCACAUCCUGUCGGAGCCCGAGGAGCCAGAGGCGGACCAGCACCCCUUCCAGCAGAACCUGCCCACCAGCGUCACCUCUGUCGCCUCUGACAGCACGUUUGACAGCGGCCAAGGCUCCACGGUUUAUUCAGACUCACAGAGCAGCCAGCAAAGUGUCAUCUACUCGUCCCUGCCAGACGCUGUCCCUCCUGCCAUCCAGAGGGUGUACAGCCCCCCACUGAGUGAGGGCCAGCCUGUGCCCCACAGCCUCCCCCAGCUCGGCCACUACCAGCAGCCCUCAGCACCUGUCCUGCCCACGGUGCCGGCUGCACCCGCCGUGGUGUCCCAGCACUACCAGGAGCCGGCGCUGCCGUUCUCUGUGGUCCCCAGCACCGUGGCCCCACUACCACUGGGGCAGCCGCCACCGCCCGUGCUGGCCAGCCAGCAGCAGCCCAUCUCACAGGCAGCAUCCCUGCAGCAGGUGCUCAGCGGCCAGCCUGUGUGCCCUCUGCCACCAGCCCCCCACCUGCUGCCACCGUUCCCGGGGCAGGGCUCGCAGGUGCCCGCUAGCAGCACCUCCCUGAAGCCCCUGCAGAUCCCCACCGUGCCACAGCUCCCGCCUGUGGCCCCGUCCCAGAUUCCUCAGUUUCCUGUCAUUCCUGCAAUUACUCCUCUGGCAGGGCUUGACAGCCUUCCUCCGAACCUGUCUGACAUCCCUGCUGCAAACGUGCCCCCCAUUCCUGCUCCCUCCCAGUACUUUGCUCCAGCCGUGAUCCUGCCCAGCCUGCCCAUGAACCCCGCGCUGCCCAUGGCACCCAACUCCCCCGCCCUGCCCAUGCAAGCCGUCAACCUGCCUCACACCACCGUGGCUUCUCUGGUUCUGCCCUGCCAGCCCAUCGUGCCAAACAUGCCGGCAGCCACCAUCCCCCUGCUGGCGGUGGCUCCGCCGGGGGUGCCGCCGCUGCCGCCGCAGCCCGUGUUCCAGCCCGCCUUCCAGCCGCUGCUGCCCGGUGACGCGCAGGGCUCCCAGCCCGUGGCCCAGCCGCCGCCGGCAGCCCUGCAGCCCAGCGUCCUCCACCCUCCCGAGCCAGCUCACCAGGUAAGUGCGCCACACGGUGCUCCGGGCUGCAGCUCUCUUGUGUUGCAGCCCAUGCCUGGACACACUCAGUUUGCUCUGGAAGCUGGAGCCCAGGUGCCUGUGCUGCCGGGGCAACCCUCCAUGGUCAUGUCACCGCCGUUGCAGCUGCAGUCGGAGCUGGUGCCGCCCUGCGUCCCUCCUGACGGCGUUCCCCAGGUCCAUGGCAGCCUUGCCACGGCUGCCCCACCUGUCCCCAUAGAGCCCGGCCUGCCUCUCCAGCCCUCUGCUGUGCUGCAGCUCCAGCCUGAUCUUUCCCAGCCACUGGGCCAGCAGCUCCCAGCUCCCUGCUCAGCUGUCGCAGCAGGCGCAGAGACAUCUCAAGAGGAACAGGCAAUACAGGACAAACUCCAAGCUCUGUCCCAGAGUUGCGAAAGCUACAUGAGUCCAGAUGUUGCUUCUGGUAAAGAGUUGAGUGACAGCUUGGAUGGAGCAACAGGAAGUGGAAAGCAAGAAGGAAAGUCUUCAAAGAAGCAUAAGAAAUCCACACGUGCUCGUUCACGCCAGGAGAAGUCCAGUAGACCCAAACUGACCAUAUUAAAUGUGUGUAACACAGGGGAUAAGAUGGUGGAGUGCCAGCUGGAAACCCAUAACCACAAAAUGGUGACGUUCAAGUUUGACUUGGAUGGUGAUGCACCGGAGGAAAUUGCUACUUACAUGGUGGAGAAUGAAUUCAUCUUGCAAAGUGAAAAAGAGACUUUUAUUGAGCAAAUGAAGGAUAUCAUUGAUAAAGCAGAAGAUAUGCUCAGUGAGGAUACAGAAGGAGAGCGAAGUUCUGACCAGGGAACAAGUCCCCAACAGGAUUCUGAUAGACUGGAAAUGAGUGAGGAGAAGCGUCAGUCUCAAAUAAAGACACCUGUGUAUCAGCAAAAUGUUUUGCAUACUGGAAAAAGGUGGUUUAUUAUAUGUCCAGUGGUGGAAAACCCUGCUACAGAUGCCCCUGACUUUUCUCCCCCGGUGCCUCCCAGUGCCCAGCAGACAGAAGGGCCAGACCCAGAGCAGUCGGAUGACAAGCUGGUGAGCUCUGCAGUGACUGAGGCGCUCGGGGUUGGGGUUAGCCAGCAGUUUCCCCUGCACACAGGGAUCAGUGACAGCCCCCUUGGAGCCACCUCGUCCUUGGCACCAGCUCCUGCUGCAGCAGCUCCUGCCAGCAUAGCAAGCCAGCCAGAGUUCCUAGCCCCAGCGUUGUUGGUGUCCGCCCCAAGCGUCGCGGAGCCCGCGGCAGCUGGCGGGGGCCAGCCGGAGUACCCCCAGCCCGGCCCCCUGGCCCCCCAAGCUGUGGGGCUUGAGGAACCCCCCGACACCCCGGCCCCGCACCUGCAGCCGCAGCCAGACAAGCUGGCACGCGUGCCCGACGUGGAGAUGGUGUGCUGCAGCCUUGGGCUGGAGCGGCAGCCGGUGCCGCAGGGGCCGUGCCUGCCAGAGGGCGGCCAGCCCGGUGCAGGGUCCUUCGGCAGCCAGCCCUUCCCCGCGGCUGCUGGCCCCGACGCCCUGGCCUUGGUGGGGUCCCAGCUCCAGAGCCCCACGCAGGUGCCGCUGGCCACGUCCCAGCAGGUGACGAUGGCACAGGGUGGCACGGGGAUGGCUGGGGCAGGGGUCAGUCUGCUCCAGCAGCAGAACCCCCCUGGCACCGCUGAGUCCGACAGCGAGGGACCUCCCAGGGUGGACUUUGUGGACAACACAAUUAAAAGCCUUGAUGAGAAGCUGCGCAAUUUGCUGUACCAGGAAUAUGUUCCAACUUCUUCGGCAUCAGCAGGGACCCCGGACAUCUCUGUGCCACCUGAACAGGGUGACGGUGAAUUUACCUUACCACCUUUUCCUGAAGAGCAAACUCCUGCCACGGUGUUGGAUGGGAGAGAACCAGGCUACAGCGUCCCGGACACUGGACAGGAGGUGAAAGCUGCUGCUAAGCCACUGCUGCCCCUUGUGCCCCCAGAGGCCUUGCCCUGCCCACUGCUGUUGGACAAGCUGGAAGUCACUGGUGUGAGUGCUCAUCCCUCAGAGGCAAGAGGUGGGUCAGCAGGUGGAACAGGUCCAGCCACAAGCAUCACUUCAGCUCCUGCUGCUCCAGCAAAAGGCCUUCAGCUCUCUUAUUUUCUCCAGGUUGCACCUCCAUCAUCAGGCACAGUUCCACAGAUGGAGGCUUUCCAGAGCAGUGAGGAGGCAGAGAGGACGGCUUUGCCUGUGCAUGCGGAGAGUGUGACGCAGCGAGCAAAAGCAGAUGGGGCGAUAAAUAACUUCCACAGGGAUGGCUCUCCCUGCUCUGGUUCCUAUGGAAAACAGGCUGGGGCUCAGGAGAGCGUCAUGCCAGCCAAAACCAUUGGCAGGUUUUCAGUUGUCAGCAUGCAGGAUGAAUUAACUUUAGCGGCACCGCACUGCCUGAGGUUCUCAGCGCCCCCAGACGUGUACCUGGAUGAGCUGCCCUCCAGCCCCGACAUGAAGGCUGCUGUCCGCAGGGUCCAGACGGCCUCUUCCGUGGACGUCCUGUGCGACCAGGCCUCGAGCGACUCGGCCGACGAGCCUUUCCCACGGCAGCCGGUGGCUGCAGCUGCACAGCUCUCCCCCCCAAGCAGCAGCACAGCUACGGAUUUAAUUAAAAAAGCAGCUGCUUUUCUGCAGAGGUCUGGCAAAGGUGGCUCCCCCGGCCCAGAGUCACCCAACGGGCAAGGUGCGAAGAUUCCUACCAUCAACAUCACGUCCUUCCACUCACAGUCGUCAUACAUGAGCAGUGACAAUGACUCAGAGUUUGAAGAUGCUGAUAUGAAGAAAGAAUUGCAGAACCUGAGAGAAAAGCAUAUGAAAGAGAUCGCUGAGCUGCAGACGCAGCAGAAGAAUGAGAUAGAGGCACUGUAUAUUCGGCUGGGGAAACCCCUUCCUCCCAACCUGGGCUUCCUUCACUCUGCCCCACCGAGUGGCCGGCGCCGCAGAACCAGCAAAAACAAAUUGAAAGCUGGAAAACUCUUAAACCCUCUGGUCCAGCAGCUCAGGAGUGGAACAUCAAGCACAAGUAACCUUUCAGACUCUAAAGACUCGCCCCACAAAGAGAGCAGUAACUCUCAGCCCGGCUCCCCUGAAGUGGCCGCGGUGCCUCCUGGCUCAGCCCCCGCCGUAGGCAAGGCUGUGCAGACCCAGCAGCCCUGCUCUGUCAAAGCCUCUCUGUCCUCUGACAUCUGCUCCGGCCUGGGCCCCGACACAGCCGACGCCAACGCAAGCUCUGGCCAAGGCUGGACGGUUUUCCACCAAACGUCUGAGAGAGUGACCUAUAAAUCUAGUAGCAAACCUCGUACCAGAUUCCUCAGUGGACCUGUGUCUUUGUCCAUCUGGUCCACCUUGAAACGACUAUGUCUAGGCAAAGAUCACAGUAGUAGAUCCUCGACCAACAGUCUGGUGACGUGUCCCGAGCCCCUCCCACAGUCGACGCUGCAGGUUCAGGCCAACAACAGUAACAACAAGAAAGGGACGUUCACAGACGACCUGCACAAGCUGGUGGACCAGUGGACGAGCAAAACUGUUGGAGCUGCACAGACAAAACCUUCUUUAAACCAACUGAAGCAGAACCAAAAAAGGCAAGACAUGGAGCCAAAGGCUAACCCCAUGCAAACACAGAAUGAGACAUGUGGAGUAAAUUCGGUAAGGACAGGACUGGGGACCAAGUGCCCUGUUCCGCUGGCUUGCUCCAUGCCCACGGGAUUAGCUCCUGGAGCUGCACCGUCCCUGCCAGUGCCCGUGCCAGUUUGUGCUCCAGGUGGCACGGACACCUCUCUUCUGUUCGAAAGUUGCUUUUUGCCCAUUUUACUGCGCAUAGAGCCUCCACCUGCACCUCAGUGUAAAGGCACACGGUAA